CUUUUAUACUAUUUAUCUCUCUCCAUAUUUCUAAUUAUAAGAGAUAAACUACUUUUUUUUUUCCUAUAAAAUAAUAAUAAAAAUAGAAGUUUAUUCAAUCAAUGAAUGCAGCAACUAAUUUCAUUUUAAAUGGAAUAAAUACUACAAAUAUAGAUCUUUGGUCAGAUGAGGUACUUGCUCUAUGGAUGCCAAUUGCAGCUUAUUGGAUAUUUUCUAUUUUUUGGCAUUUUGUAAUGAAAGCUGAAAUACCCUAUUUUGAACAAUAUAGAAUACAUGCAAUAGGAGAAAUAGAGAAUCGAAAUAAAGUAAGUUUCUCUAAAGUGCUCUGUAUGGUUUUACUGCAACAAAUAGUCCAAUUUAUUCUUGGUUUAUUUAUUUUACAUCCUGCUGAUUCUGUAAGAAAUACUAUAAAACAAGGAUGGUGGACAGAAGUCUUUUUAACAUGGAAAUUACCUGGCUUAAAUGUAUCUUUUUUUUUAGCAAGUUUUGUCAAUUGGAUAAUUAUACCUAUUAUACAAUUUGUAUCAGCUAUGAUUAUUUUGGAUGCUCAUCAAUAUUUCUUUCAUCGCUUAUUUCACAUGAACAAAUUUCUUUAUAAACAUGUUCAUUCACAUCAUCAUCGACUUUAUGUACCUUAUGCUUUUGGUGCACUUUAUAAUCAUCCAAUUGAAGGAUUUCUAUUAGAUUCAGUUGGAGCAGCACUUGCAUUUGAACUUACUCAAAUGUCAACUAAAAUGGGCACACUCUUUUUUACUUUUUCAACUUUAAAAACAGUCGAUGAUCAUUGUGGUUAUGCAAUUCCUUGGGAUCCUUUACAAUUUUUAUUUGAAAAUAACGUUCAAUAUCAUGAUAUUCAUCAUCAAUCAUUUGGAAUCAAACGUAACUUUUCUCAGCCUUUCUUUACAUUUUGGGAUAAAUUAUUAGGAACAGAAAUGUCUCCUUUAAAGAAAGUAGUAGAGAUAAAAGAAGCAAAUUAACAACUAUUCUAUUUCAUCUAUACAUACAUACAUAAUAAAUAUUUUUAUUAAUUAA